AUGGAUGAGCGGCUGCUCCGCGCCCUGGGGGGGCUCAGCCUGCGGCCCCCGCGGCGCCGCUUCGGCGGGAGGCUGGUGCUGCUGAGGGGGCUGCCGGGCGCCGGGAAGAGCACCCUGGCCAGACAACUGAAACGUGACUAUCCCAGUGCUGUAGUUCUUAGUACUGAUGACUUUUUUAUCGAAAAUGGUGUAUACAUGUUUGAGCCUGACUUCCUAGAGGAUGCACACAAAUGGAACCAAAAGAGAGCACACAAGGCAAUGAAGAAUCGGAAAAGCCCGGUUAUUAUUGAUAAUACCAACAUCCAUGCUUGGGAAAUGAAGCCGUAUGUGAUGAUGGCACGUGAAAAUAGAUAUGAAGUUAUAUUCCAAGAACCAGAUACACCCUGGAAGUUCAAUGUUCAAGAACUGACAAGAAGAAAUAUUCAUCGUGUCCCUCGACAAAAGAUACAGCAGAUGAAAGAAGAAUAUGAGCACAAUGUUACCUUCCACAGUGUUCUUCAGUCUGAAAAACCAAGCAGAAACGAGAGAAGCUCCAGUGGACCAAAUGCAGCUUACAGCAUGGGUGCACAUUCCAACCCCCCUCCAGCCUUCUCAAACAGAAGACCUCACAUGGCACGUACAAACAACAUGCCAUUUAACUGAGCAGGUGGAUUCCUCAGUGUAUUUUAAUUAUCAGGGUAUAAAAGCCUCUAGUUUUACAUUUUUUUUCUAAACUGUUUUAUUCUUGUAUUUUUCUACUACAUUUCUAAAUUACUUUUAUUUCUUACAAGUCUUUAAAUGUCACUGGAUGAUGAUCUCACAGCUCUACAUGACCCAAGAGCACUAUCCUCACUACAAACUGUAUUCCCUCUCAUCCCUCUUCCUCCACAAAAAUCCAUUCAAGCUUAUGGUGAAAUUUACUGGCUGUGCCACACACUUUUUGGUGGU